AUGCGUUUCGAUCGGAUCCUUCUUCUGGCGGCGGCCUCGUUCGCCGCGGCGGCCCCCGAGCCCAGACCCGAUCCCGUUGCAAUGCCAGCUCCCCAGUCGACGGGCUUGCUUACAGAGCUCCCGGGCAUUCUCAGCGGUGCCGAAGACCUGCUCAGCCAGCAAAACGUCAACGAUCUUCAGACCAUCAUCGGCAAUGCGGCCAAGCUGCUCUCCAACUCCAAUCUCGACCUGUUGCAAGAUAUCCUCACCAACGCUCACGGGCUACUGACCAAGGAAUUUGUGGCCAACACCACGACGCUGAUCGGAGAUGCCACACCGCUCGUGGAGGACGUGUCGAAGCUACUGGGUGGAGUGCUGGGAACCUUGUAA